ACUCCCGCCGGCGCGCGCGCACUCGCACUCGCUCGCUCGCCCUCUCCUCCUUCCGCGUUACCUGUGUCAGGACACCAAUCCGGAGUCACUGGGAGCCUCGGUCCUCCUUAAACCCAUCAAGUCUGUCAGAUAGAAUACCCUGGAUUUCAAUAUAAUACUAAUAGUGAUCAUUCUAAAGUAAUUUCCAUUUACAGAGCACUUUCACUUAGGGCAGUAACUCCUGUACCAAAAGAACGUACACUCGGUAUUUGUUGCAUACAUGGAUAACUAUAGUUGAGCAGGUAAAUGUCCAUUUUACGUAAAGAUGAAAAAAACCGACCUAGGAGGAACUCAGUCUGUCCUAUUAAGAUCACAUUCUUACCAUCAUCCCCUCUCUAUGAUACAGUUCUCAAAAAUCGUCUUAAAUGUCCAGCCUCCCCCGUUUUGUCCAUUCUAGGCAGAAUCAAUUUAGUUAUUGAUUAUGUGUGUGUGGAUAAUUUACUGACCAAACUCCCUCAAAGAAGCAAUGUAGUCUUUUGUAGAAUUCGACCAUUAAAUAUUUACCUUGUGACAGGAACUGCGGUAGGCAAAAAAAAAGUCAAAUAAUUAUAGUACAAUUUAAGUGCUAUAAUAGAAAGGUUUAAAUGUGCUAUGGAAACACAAGGAACUGCUGUUCGUUCUUAGCGGUAAAAGAGAUUGAGUAAGUUACAGAGAAACUACAGGUGAAACUCCAGCUAAUCUUGAGACUAUAAAUAGUUCACUAGAGAGGUAAGAAUGAAGAUUCCAGCAAAGUCAUAGAGGCAUGAAGUUCAUCUUUCCUUCAAGGAUGAGCAAGUUCCAGUGCCGUGACACAGAAUGAAAGCCUGAAAUGUUUCUGAGACAAGUGCAAGAACUGAAGAACAACAACCAAGAAUACCUGGAUUUAAAACCUAUACUCCUGGCAGGGCACGGUGGCUCACGCCUGUAAUCCCAGCAUGUUGGGAGGCCGAGGCGGGUGGAUCACAAGGUCAGGAGUUCAAGACCAGCCUGACCAACAUGGUGAAACCCUGUCUCUACUAAAAAUACAAAAAUUAACCAGGCAUGGUGGCACGCACCUGUAAUCCCAGCUACUUAGGAGGCUGAGGCAGGAGAACUGCUUGAACCCGGGAGGCAGAGGUUGCAGUGAGCCGAAAUUAUGCCACUGCACUCCAGCCUGGGCGACAGAGUGAGACGCCAUCUCAAAAGAAAAAAAAAAAAAAAAAGGGAAUCUCAAAACUUCUUUUCCAAGACAGAAAAAAACCCCAAAGGGUGAGCAAAUCUGGAACUCAAGCCCUUUCCCCACCUUAAGAGUUCCCUCUGAGAGCAUCGAAGACAUGGCUAGAACACUGUGCCUCCCUUCCCUUAACCUUCAGACUUCAUGGUUUUGAGACCUCUUGGGCAAAACUCAACCAGGGCUAACAAAUAAGGCUGGAUUGAGAACCCCAGGAGGGAGGAUGGAGGGAUGGGGAUGGGCUUUGAGAAACACCAGGCAAAAAAGAAUGCAACUCUCAAUUGUUCAUGCAUGACAGUGAGCUAAAGUGCCUUGCCAAUGACCCCUUCUUGUUUGAGAGUCUCCCUUUAACAUUCUUUCCCAAAACCUGUGAUCUGUCCCUUUCUGCCAUCCCCAGGAUUCCCAGCAAGGGUAGAGAUCUGAGGAGGAAUUUAAUCUCUCACCUUUGAACCCCAGGCCUGGCAGCUCACAUGGAUAACAACUGUCUCCCAACAUUGGCCCAGGGACGUGUCUUUCCCUAAACAAACCAACCUCUCCUCACGUCCCCCACUCUGUACUUUCACUGACUAUGCGUUGGCAGAUUCUGCGAAGUUCUACCUGUAACUGGCUUCAUUUUCAAGUCAGACGUUUGGCUGCUGCUCUGUCCCCUGCAACAAGGAGCCAUGCCAGCUGGACACACACUUCUUCCAGGGCCUCUGGCAGCCAGGACAGAGUUGAGACCACAGCUGUUGAGACCCUGAGCCCUGAGUCUGUAUUGCUCAAGAAGGGCCUUCCCCAGCAAUGACCUCCUCAUUGCUUCUGGCCUUUCUCCUCCUGGCUCCAACCACAGUGGCCACUCCCAGAGCUGGUGGUCAGUGUCCAGCAUGUGGGGGGCCCACCUUGGAACUGGAGAGCCAGCGGGAGCUGCUUCUUGAUCUGGCCAAGAGAAGCAUCUUGGACAAGCUGCACCUCACCCAGCGCCCAACACUGAACCGCCCUGUGUCCAGAGCUGCUUUGAGGACUGCACUGCAGCACCUCCACGGGGUCCCACAGGGGGCACUUCUGGAGGACAACAGGGAACAGGAAUGUGAAAUCAUCAGCUUUGCCGAGACAGGCCUUUCCACCAUCAACCAGACUCGUCUUGAUUUUCACUUCUCCUCUAAUAGAACUGCUGGUGACAGGGAGGUCCAGCAGGCCAGUCUCAUGUUCUUUGUGCAGCUCUCUUCCAAUACCACUUGGACCUUGAAAGUGAGAGUCCUUGUGCUGGGUCCACAUAAUACCAACCUCACCUUGGCUACUCAGUACCUGCUGGAGGUGGAUGCCAGUGGCUGGCAUCAACUCCUCCUAGGGCCUGAAGCUCAAGCUGCCUGCAGCCAGGGGCACCUGACCCUGGAGCUGGUACUUGAAGGCCAGGUAGCCCAGAGCUCAGUCAUCCUGGGUGGAGCUGCCCAUAGGCCUUUUGUGGCAGCCCGGGUGAGAGUUGGGGGCAAACACCGGAUUCACCGACGAGGCAUCGACUGCCAAGGAGGGUCCAGGAUGUGCUGUCGACAAGAGUUUUUUGUGGACUUCCGUGAGAUUGGCUGGCACGACUGGAUCAUCCAGCCUGAGGGCUACGCCAUGAACUUCUGCAUAGGGCAGUGCCCACUACACAUAGCAGGCAUGCCUGGUAUUGCUGCCUCCUUUCACACUGCAGUGCUCAAUCUUCUCAAGGCCAACACAGCUGCAGGCACCACUGGAGGGGGCUCAUGCUGUGUACCCACGGCCCGGCGCCCCCUGUCUCUGCUCUAUUAUGACAGGGACAGCAACAUUGUCAAGACUGACAUACCUGACAUGGUAGUAGAGGCCUGUGGGUGCAGUUAGUCUAUGUGUGGUAUGGGCAGCCCAAGGUUGCAUGGGAAAACACGCCCCUACAGAAGUGCACUUCCUUGAGAGGAGGGAAUGACCUCAUUCUCUGUCCAGAAUGUGGACUCCCUCUUCCUGAGCAUCUUAUGGAAAUUACCCCACCUUUGACUUGAAGAAACCUUCAUCUAAAGCAAGUCACUGUGCCAUCUUCCUGACCACUACCCUCUUUCCUAGGGCAUAGUCCAUCCCGCUAGUCCAUCCCGCUAGCCCCACUCCAGGGACUCAGACCCAUCUCCAACCAUGAGCAAUGCCAUCUGGUUCCCAGGCAAAGACACCCUUAGCUCACCUUUAAUAGACCCCAUAACCCACUAUGCCUUCCUGUCCUUUCUACUUGAUGGUCCCCACUCCAAGAUGAGUUGACACAACCCCUUCCCCCGAUUUUUGUGGAUCUCCAGAGAGGCCCUUCUUUGGAUUCACCAAAGUUUAGAUCACUGCUGCCCAAAAUAGAGGCUUACCUACCCCCCUCUUUGUUGUGAGCCCCUUUCCUUCUUAGUUGUCCAGGUGAACUGCUAAAGCUCUCUUUGCAUACCUUCAUCCAUUUUUUGUCCUUCUCUGCCUUUCUCUAUGCCCUUAAGGGCUGACUUGCCUGAGCUCUAUCACCUGAGCUCCCCUGCCCUCUGGCUUCCUGCUGAGGUCAGGGCAUUUCUUAUCCCUGUUCCCUCUCUGACUAGGUGUCAUGGUUCUGUGUAACUGUGGCUAUUCUGUGUCCCUACACUACCUGGCUACCCCCUUCCAUGGCCCCAGCUCUGCCUACAUUCUGAUAUAACUGCUUCAACACUAGGGGGUCCUAAAGGCUUUCUAUCUUGCUAGUCCCUGGGGCCUCAACAUCUCAUACUGGUUCCCUUAACUCUGUCUAUACCUCUGUAAAUAAUUCCUUCACUAAGUUCUCUUGAUGAAGCAAAAACAGACAGCUGAAAGGUCCUCUAUCUCCUACAAGGGCCCUAACUGGCACCCCAGAUGACACAGAGCCUGCCUGCUUAUGCUGUAGUCUGCCUACUCUGCUGUCUCUUCACAUGGUCUCCUCAGAACUGAACUAUUGUAUCCAUCUCACACUUUAUGCCUCUUCUUUCUUAGGCACCCCCGUCCCUCCAUCCUUCCAGAACCAUCUUUGAGGUCUCAUGGCUAAUAAAAACCUAGGCUUUACCUGUUCCCUCUGUAAUCCCUCCAAAAGAUGAGACAGAUCUAUGCUUGGUCAUCCAGUAAACUGACCAGCUGUGGGCACGCAAGUGUGGGAGGCAGAGGCACGCUCAGAGCUGGCUGCCAGAACCUCUGACUUGCCUUCCUUUCACCCGCCCCCAGUGCUCCACCCAGGAGUCCUGCCUGGAAGCUGGAAUGGGCAAGGGCUGCUGGAGUGGGACAGGGAGAAGAGGAAGGCCUGGAUGAGGAGAGGGUGGCAUUUGCUCUGAGACUGGGUCCUUUUUAGACCUUUGCCCGUCCUCCCCCACAUCUCCUCCCUUUGGCUGGACAGUCCUGAACCAUGAGGUCGAUAUUGUCUGCAGCCCAAGGCCGAGUUUGCGCAAAACCCAUGUGUUCUUUGGUAAACGUGAUGUCUGUGUUUGCUCAGUUUAUGACCCCCUCCUAUGAGGGUAAGAGGUCCCUGAAAUAGGAACCCUAGAGGAGAAAGUCUGAAAAGGACUGCCUGGGGGACUGUAAAUCUGAGCUUGAGGGCUUUCCUGAGCAACCCAUGGAAGUUAUCCCACCUUUGACUUGAGGAGACCUUCAUCUAAGGAGAAUCUAAGGAGGCCUUCUGGUGUCUCCCCCACACAUCCCCGACCCCCAGAUCUAACCUCCUUCCCAACUACAGCUUAGUCUCCAGGGCUAGGACUGGGGUAAAGCAAAGUGAGUCAUUCACCUGGGGGGGCUAAAUUUUAAGGGGGUGGUGAACAAUUUAUUAAUCAAGAUAGGACUUUAAUUCAAUAUUAUUUUAAAGUCAAAAUUAAUGCAAAAAAUCCAUGAUGAACAAAAUAGCCUACUUUUAAAUAAAAACAGGAUCAGCAUUA